AUGUCUACGACGUCAAAUAGCCUUACCGACUACGGUGUACCCUACCCGGAGCCCACGCCCGAGCAGCGGCGCUACGUCAUCUUCCUUGACGAGAAGGGCGAACAGAAGGAGCUAGAUGACUAUAAGGUGCAGCUUAUCCCUGGGCGUGUCAUGGACACAGACCCCGUCAACGUGUACUCCAUUGAGGGAAACGUGCAGGAGAUGCGCAUAUCCGGCUGGGGCUACCCCUACUACGUGGUAAAUGCGGGCUCGACGACGAGUACGGAGGUGGGGGUUCUGCCGGGAACUCCGUCGGUACAGCAAUUUGUCACCCUGACGGCUAGACCGUUCAUCCGCUACAACAGCAGGCUGCCGGUGGUGGUAUACGUGCCGAAGCAGCUGGAGCUUCACUACCGCGUAUGGGCGCCAGUGGCACCCACAAAGGAACACGCCGUGGAGAGGUAA